AUGAAAUUUGUAGGCCUUGUAUCGGGCGGUAAAGAUUCAUGCUUUAAUAUAUUACAUUGCAUAAACCUUGGCCACGAGCUAGUUGCUUUAGCUAACUUGUAUCCACCAGCAGAUCAUAGAUCCGAUGAACUGGAUAGUUUCAUGUAUCAGACUGUUGGCUUCCAUGCUGUAGAGUUGUACGGUGAAGCCCUUGGGGUCCCCCUUUACAGAAGUCCAAUCUUAGGCAAAUCAAUCGCUCAAGGCUUAGAUUACUCAGAAACUGCUAAUGAUGAAUCUGAAGACCUAUAUCUUCUACUCCAAAAAGUAAAAAGUGCCCAUCCUGAUGUUCAGGGUGUGUCCGUCGGGGCAAUUUUAUCAACGUAUCAAAGGACCCGAGUGGAAAAUGUCUGUAGCAGACUGGGUUUAGUUAGCCUUGCUUUUCUAUGGCAGAGAUCGCAAGCAGAGCUAUUAGAUGAGAUUAUUGAUUCUGGAGUAGAUGCAAGAAUCAUCAAAACUGCUGGAAUCGGAUUAAACAAAACCCAUUUGGGUAAGAGCUUGGCAGAAAUGAGAGGAGAGCUAAUUAAAUUGAAUAAGAUUUAUGGACUACAUUUGUGUGGUGAGGGUGGAGAGUAUGAAACUCUAGUUUUCAAUGCUCCUAUUUUUCGAAAGAAACUAGUCAUUGUUGAUACAACGAUAGUGGACCAUUCCAGCGAUGAUGUCAGCUACUUGAGGUUAAGAGUGGUGUUAGAACCCAAAUCGGUAGAAGAAAGGGCACAAGAAGCUAAGUACAUAACGACGACACCUCCAUUAUUCGAAACAAAAUUUCAAGACUAUUACGAGGAAAUUUUUGAGGAUGCAAGUCGUAUUUCGGAAGCGCCAGAAUUGGGAGUUAGAGAGAGAACCAGGGUAAUAGAAGAGGUAGUUAUCGAUACCCGAAACCUGCUCUCUGUAUCCAAUAUCACAUCUAAUAGCAAUACACUAGAAGGAGAGGUUGAAGAUGUCUUCACUCACCUGAUUUCUACUCUAAAGGACAAGGACCUUUCUAUUGAUAGUGUAGUCUUUGUAUCACUACUGAUCAGUGAUAUGAGCAAAUUUCAGGAUAUCAACAGAUUAUAUAAUCGAUACUUUGUCAAACCAAAUCCUCCAGCGAGAUUUUGCAUACAGACCACUAUACCCGGUAACAGACAGGUCCAACUAUCAGCUAUUGCAGUUCGACAUGGCAAAAGAGAUGGACUACAUGUUCAGGGACAGAGCUAUUGGGCGCCUGCAAAUAUUGGGCCCUAUUCACAAGCAAUUAGUAGUAAUGGAUUGACUUAUCUUGCUGGGCAGAUUGGUCUUACUCCGGCUACUAUGACCCUAGUGACGGAGCCUUUACAAGAGCUAGUCUUGAGUCUGCAAAACAUUAGUCGAGUUCAAGAGGCAACAUGUAGUGAUCCAGCAUAUGGUGUAGCAUUCGUUUCGCAUUUUGAUUCAAGCUCUGCUGGCUUGGUAGAGAAACUAUGGGAUACCUAUGUUGAGAGCUCGAGUUUUGCUUCUUUAAGCAAACCAGCGCUGCUGGUGGCCGGCGUUCCUGGGCUUCCUCGGAAUGCAUCAUAUGAGUUGACUUGUUUAGGAAUUGAGAAGGCUUAUCAUAUUCAAUAUGUUAAUGAGCAUGAUGAGUUAGAUAGUGAUGAUGACAGUGCCAAAGGUAAACAUGAGCCUUUGUUUGUAUGGCCCCAAGAGUAUUCUGAGGCGACAGUCUUGGGCAUAACUAGAUUUGGUCACAAAACCACCAUCACAACCGCAUCAGACUCACCAAAGGAUUUGACGGAAGUAGCCAAAGAAUCCACAUAUGGAACAUUAAUAUCUGCAACUGUCUAUUCGACGAUCCACUCAGCAGCGGAUAUCGAAUUUCCAUGUGAAAUAAUCCCCACUACAUGGCUUAAUUAUCGUGGAAAGCCUGUUUCAAUCGGGGCUGUGUUCCUUUUUAGCCAUUAA